AUGGCACAACAACAAAAGGUCAAAACCCAACAAACAGGUAUUCAAAGUAAAUUAGGAACUCACUUUCAAACUAUCUUUCUUCCAACAUUACAACUUAUUACACGACCACAAACAAAUGACUUACUUAAAAAUUAUCAAGAUUUUACAACAGAAACAUUACUUAAAACACUUCCUUUAAAUCACCCAAAGAAAAAAAUUAUAGUUUGUGAUAGACACUCUUUUAUGAUGAUGGAACUUAUUGGUGGUCAAUACCUUCAAGAUGAUAAUUACAAUAUUACUGAUAUGAUAUGCUAUGAAGAUUAUAACGUUGAAAGUUUCACACGAACAUUUUUUAGAAAGACAUUAGCAUAUUUUGUUAUUGUUGAAUCAACAACAGAAGCAGCAACUCAUGCAUUAAACUUUAUGAAUAAAUCAUUAGAGAAAUUUAAUGAAAUAGCAAAUGAUUCAUAUGUAAUGACACCAGAAAACUUUUUCUUUUUCAGAAUGCCUAAAUUUACACCAUUUGAUGGUAAAUUAUUGGAUCCUUUUAAGACAUCAUUUAGAUUAGGUAAAAUAGAUAUUCCUGUUGCAGUUAUUCAAGACGAUGUCUUCAGUUUACAAGAUGAUAAUGCAUUUGUACGAUUAUUUGGUGAACGAGAUGUUGGAAUAUUGAAUGAAAUUUAUUCAUCAUUAAAUACAUUCCAAAAACGAUUUGGUUAUUUUCCAAAGGUAUUUAGUCGUGGACAAUAUUCACAUCAACUUGCUGAGAUGAUGAAUAUUAAACGACCAAAUAAUGAAUUUAAUAAAGAAGUAGACUUUGUUUAUAUUGUUGAUAGAACAUUUGAUUUAUUAACUCCUGAAUUAAUUGCUAAUAAUUAUGAAUCAUUAAUUGAUGAAGUAUAUGGAAUAAAUGAUGAUUGUACUACUGUUAAUGUAAAUUUAAGUAUAUAUGAUAAAGUUUUUGGAAGUUCAAAAGACUCAGAUGUUGCUUAUAAAGUACUCAGUGAAAAGAAAAAUGCAUUUAUUACAUUACAUGGUAAUUGGUAUAAUGAAAUUAGUAAAGCUAAUUUCAAUGAUAUUCGAACAGUAUUAAAUGAUAAAAUUAAAGCAACAAAAGAGUUACAAGAACUUACUCAACAAGAAAAGUCUAUUUCUAAGAAAUUAGAAAUGACAACUCAUUUUAAUAUGUGUUUAGCAUUUGCUACAAUACAUCCACAAAUUCAUCAAUCAAUUAUUUCAUAUGUUAAUACUUAUGAUAAUUUAGAAUUACAAGAAAAACAAUUCCAAUUUUUUGAUUAUGUAUUUUCUUCAGCUAAACAAAUUGCUGGAUUAUUUAAACAAGACCUUGCUGGUCCAAUAGAAGAAUUAUUAUUACUUGGAAAACAUGAAGAAGCAUUAAAACAAUUAGCAAUAUUAUGUGCUGGGUAUGAUGGUAUUAAACCUGAUUUAUAUGAUGAAGUAAAGAAGUUCUUUAUCCAAUAUUGUGGAAUUGAAGAAUUAAACAUUUGGUCAAAAAUGGAAAUGGCUGGAAUAUUAAAGAAAACAGGAGAGAAAUCAAGAACCUUUACUGCUUUAAAUUCAGCAUUAAAAUUAUAUGAAAAAGAAAAUGGAUCAAGUUUUUAUGGAGGUUAUACUCCAUUAAUAGUAAAAUCAUUAGAAAAUAUUAUUUGUCCUCAAGAAACUGAAGAAUCUUCUAAUCAAAAAGGUGUUCUUGGAGCUGCAUUAAAAGGAGUUAGUAAAUUAACUUCUAAAAAUUUAAAUGAUAUUUUAACAGAAGAAGAACAAAUGAAAAUCACUAAUAUUAAAGAAACAAUUGAAGGAGGUUCAAAGAAAAUUGUUGUAUUUGUUGUUGGAGGAAUUACAUUUGGUGAAAUUGCUAGUUUAAGAAGUUUAUCACAAAAACUUGGAAGGCCAAUAAUUAUUGGUUCAACUCAUAUUAUUCGUAAGAAUAAUUCUAUGAUUAACCAAUUCAUUCAAUCAGCUGAAAAAGAAAUGAGAAUAUUCAAUUGA